CGGACAGCAUGGUAAGAUGAUUCAUCUGAAAUCGGAAUUUCCACCCUAAAAGAACUAUGAAUGGGCGCUGGUCAUGUCAACAAAUCUGUUCAAGAAACAUUUAUCGUCGUAUUAUGCUUAUAUUCCGCAUUCGUUUAAAAUUGCCUUGGACCCUGAAAGCAUAUGUAAGGCAACAUCAUACCGUGAUCCUAAAUCCGGAAAAUAUAAGAAGCCUGAAUGGAAGGAGUCCAAGUCUGGGAUGGACUAUAGACCAUCAGUGAACAUUGCUCCGACUGAUGUUACACCUGUUCUCUUAAAUGCCUCUCAUUUCAACAAAGAAGAAAAUGAGCCCGUUAUCUACCCUAUGAUGUGGGGCAUGAUACCACCAUGGCAUAAGGGUGAAAUUAAGUCUCAUGGCUUAAGCACCAACAAUUGUCGCCUUGAGGGUGUAAAAGAAUCAAAGCUUUAUUCCCCUGCCUUACAAAAUGGUAAAAGAUGCGUAGUAUUGUGUGAAGGAUUCUAUGAAUGGCAAACUACAAAAAAAGAUUCAUCAUCUAAACAACCAUACUACAUAUAUGCUCCUCAGGAUAAAGAGGUCUGUAUUGAAGACCCAAAAAGUUGGAAAGCCGAAUGGAAUGAAAUAGAGGGCUGGAAGGGACCAAAGUUAUUAAAAAUGGCAGGUCUCUUCAGUUGUUGGACUUCACCUGAGGGGAAACCUGUUCAUAGCUAUUCUGUUAUCACAAUGGAAUCAAAUUCAACUUUCUCCUGGCUGCACCAUCGAAUGCCAGCCAUUUUGCAUAGUGAUGUAGAAGUUAUGGAUUGGAUAGAUAAUGGGCGGGUGCCAGCUGAUAAAGCAAAGGAUCUUUUGAAGCCAGUGAGUGACUUGAAAUGGCAUCCUGUUAGUACUGCUGUGAACAAUUCACGUAAUAAAGCUGAGAGCUGCAACAAACCAGUUGAUUUGAAGAACCCAAAGCCUGUUAAUCCUCUUAUGAUGAACUGGCUCAAGAGGGCAAAUAACACUCAAGCAAGCAGCUCAGCAGAGUCGAAAUCUGAUAAUUGUGAAACACCUCAAGCAAAGAAAUUCAAGAAAGAAGAACCCAAAUGAUGAGGUGAGAUUAGACACCAACAGCUUCAAAAUGUGUGAUUUUAAUAAAACUAUUUAAUUGGUGCAUAGAUGACAACCUGGCAAUGAAAUUUUUGUAGACAAGUGUGUCCUUUUUAUUUUUUAAAUUUUUAAACUCUUCAUAGUGUUAAACAGAUGUCGGUUUUUCCUUUUUUUUAAAUGAAUAAAUUGUAGAGCGUCGUAUGA